CUGUACCUCACUAAGUUUUGACCUACUUUUCUAGAUGCAGAUUUGACCAGAAUCAUGAGAAUGGCAGCAUACGUGAAUGCACUAGCGAAGAAUGGACGGCUCAUUUCAAGGUGUUUUUCAAGGGUUGUAAACAGUCGUGGUAUACAUGAUGAACCAGUGUAUGAACUGCGGACUUACAGCAUUUAUCCUAAAGACUUCAAAGCUUUUAUUCAACUCUCAGCAGAACACCUGCACUUACGAACCAAACAUUCUAAACUGAUAGGGUACUGGACCAGUGAGAUUGGAGGAAUCAAUGAUGUUGUUCAUAUAUGGGAAUAUGAUUGUUUGAAACAUAGAGCUGAUGUGAGACAGGCACUAGGAAAUGAUCCUGAUUGGCUUGCUCAGUACAUUAAAAAAAUUUUGCCAAUGUUGGAUCGUCAAGACAAUGCUUUACUGAAACUGACCAGAAAGAGUAGCCUAGUGCAGACAGACAGUGGAGGUGUGUAUGAACUUUGCUGCACAGAAAAACCUUUGAAGGAUCUUCCAGUAACUAGAGGAGAUGCACAGUUACUUGGAACCUUUUCUUCUCUCAUAGGAUCUCUCAGUUCAUCAUACCAGCUGUGGCAUCACAAAUCUGUUGACGACAUUGUAACCAGUGCAGCGGAAGGAUCAUACAAACCUUAUUGCACCAAAAGUCGUCUACUCCUUCCCACUGCUUGGUCCCCCAUGAAGUAAAAUAAAAUUUGCUGCUGUUGUAGAGGAUCAGAUUACAUGAAUUCUGGGAUGAGUAAUUCAAGUACAACAAAGAAUAUCAUAUUUAGUAGUUUGGAUGUUGUGGAAAAAUUGCGGAUGAAAUUGUUUAUUAUUAUUACCUUUCCUGUAUGCUAGUCAGAUUCAUUUUAUAUGCAUGUUUGUACAUUUUAUCUUUAACCUGUUAUUAUAUGUCAGAAUUCUAGUAGAUAUCAGUGUUGCUUAAACUUUGUACUUUAUGUUUGUUAAUACAAUAUUGACUGCAUCUUUGGCAUGAUCUUUUUAAAAAAAUUUUCCAGAUUCAUUUAAUAGUACUUUGCAUAGGACUUUUUUGUUAUAACCUUUUCUUUAUAUUUACCAUGUUAAUUUUACAAUAUGAAAUAAUGUGUUCAGUGUAAGUACAUGUAUAUCAAAAGUUGUACGUGGUUGUUAGGUCUGUUCAUAUAGUACAUGUAUAUGUAUUUGCAAAAUUCUAGGUGCUAAUUUUAAAUUUUAAUAUAAAAAUAACAUACACAAUAAGACAUGUUAAUAGCAAAUAAAUAUAUUAAAAUACAA